AUUUGCCGGGGGGGAAGGCGCCGGAUGUCUAAGGCAGGCACUGCUAUAGUUUACCUGGUAAAUUAUAAUGUAAUGAGCAAACUUAGACAAAAUUGUAGUUUGUUUAAUAUCUAUAUAAAUAUUAUGCUAACAAACUAUGGAUGUAUCAUGUUUCACAAAACGCUUCCAAACAAGUUGAAAGAUCUCAAAUACUAUUAUAUUGCUGAUAAUAGCUCUAUGUUGAUACUAAUAUAAAUAUAACCUACUAUCUGAUAAACUUUGCCGACAUGCUCCUUCCAAGGAUUAUACACAAUUUUAGAUUUUCUCGACAAUUUUUCCUAUCUGCCUUUCGAAAAAGUGCCUAUGAAAGUGAUGGAAAAACUACUGUCACAGUCUUGAAUAAGGAAGCAGGAUAUGGUGUAAUGGUUGAUUCAUACAGUAAGGAAGGCUUCCGUUUGAACAAUGGCUUAUUUGUUCUUGGUCCAGUGAUACUUUUUCCUUAUACAGCCUUGAGUUGGAAUGUUUCUGGAGACCAUGAUAUUAAUAGAAACUCACUUGCUGUAUUUAAUCUGAUUGAACCUAAAUUGGAUUUAUUAAUCAUUGGAUUCGGAAAGAAGUCAACUAAUAGUAGGUCAUUACAUGAAGAAAUCAUGGCAUUUAAGUCAAGGCAGAGAAUUAAUGUUGAAGUAAUCCCUAUCGAAAAAGCCAUAGCAACUUUUAAUUAUUUGAACAGUGAGAGGAGGUGGGUGGCAGGUGCAUUUAUACCACCAGAAGUUGUUCAGCUCUAUGAAUUUGAGGAAUUGAACAAGGCAGCUAAGAAGAAAGAAAAUUAUCUCAUAGAUGAUUAUAUAUAGUGUCAGUAAUAGGAGGAAAGUUAAUUUAUAUUUUAGUAUAACUUAAACAAAGGAGAAAAAUCUAAUAAUACUUUAUGUUUAACACCUAAAAUAUCUAGAUUUUCAGAUGUAUUUGAAUGUUUUUUAAAAAAUUAUCUGAGUGUUUUAUAUUGAUCUAAUAUCUGAAAAAUAUUUUAAAGUAGCCCCUUCAUGAAUUACCUUUAUUUAAAUAUUAUUUAAAAUUAUAAAAUUGUUGAUCAUGUUGAAUGAUUCAAUAGAACUGUUUGAUGUUAUAUUAUUUUUCCUUUGUAUUAAUCCUACAAUUUGUAAUUUUAUUUAUGGAUUGUGCAAGUAUAUAUGAAGUUGUUGAAAACAUUAAAAGUCUGUGAUACAAAAUACUCAAAGUUGUUUUUUUAUUUAAUAUUAUGUGUAAAUUAAAUAAUUUACAUUUUUAUUUAAAUUAUAUUUUAUUUAAAUAAAUAAAUUACAUAUUUAAAAAAAUAUUAUUUCUUAUUAGUAUUAAUGAUCAUCAUUACAUUAAAUAAUUAAAUAAAUGCCCUUAUGGAGAAAAUCGAGAAAUCCAUUACAAUAAUUAGUAAAAUAGAUUAGGGCAAUAUGAUGUAUGCUUGUUGGACAGUCACUUUACUUGGUAAGACACUGAUCUCUAACAUUGCGAACAGGUGAAGUGUUUUAACUACAUCACUUGAUUGAACCACAAGUCCAUGCUGUGAGUCACAUUAACUUUAAUAAUUUAAACAAAAAUUAAUAAUACAAUACUGUCAUACUUUAUGACAUUUCUCAGCCCUUUCCAUGAUUGGACACUGAGUAUUAAGAAAAUCAGUUUUAAAAAUUCAUGUAAACAUAACUUUGAAAGUAAAUUAAUUGAUUUUCUUUCAUGACAAGUUUGUAUCCUGUUUCUAGGGCAUAAAUGAAUUUUAAAGAAUGAAUUUAUUUGUUUUUAUAUCACAGGAUUGUUUUUUGCGAAAUUCUACCAACAAUUAAUUUUUCCCUGAAUCUUCUUUUAGAGACACAGUUCUAUUAAAUACAACAUUUGAUCCUUGGGAAUCAGGAUCGACACUGAAAUAUCCUAUUCUUUCAAAUUGAUAUUGAGUAAACGGUUUAGCCAAUUUUAUCAGAUAACCAUCACAAUAUGCCUUCUGUUCAACCAGAGAAUUUUUAGUAACAUCUGAUAGAAAUCCACCAGGUACUUCUUCUGGAUCUUCAGGAUUCUUAUGUGUAAAUAAGUUAUCAUACAGGCGGACUGUGAUUUCUGAAGGAUCUGACACCCAAUGGAUGAAGGCUUUGGGCUUAUUUUCAUUGGAUGUUACUUCAGCAUGGGCAAUUAGUUUUUUAAUGGCUUUAGAAUUGUCAUAGACAACCUCUACUACUUUGAUUACGUAAGGUGUGUAACGAAGACCAACACGCUGCUGUAGUGAGAGUCUUUUGUAACCAGGUUCAGAGGUCUCCCUGAAAUCAGACCUUUCAAUGUAUAUUUGAUUACAUAGCUUGAUUUGGUGACUACCUUUAUCAGGUUCUGCUGGGAAAUCAGGUACAACCAAUUGAUCAUCUUUGAUACCUUCAGUUAUUUCUAUCAAUAAUGGCUCAAUCACAACCAUGGUUCUCGCGGCUGUAGUAUUUAGUACAUCUCUGACACAAGCUUCGAGCAUAACUGGGUCAACAACUGUUUGAGCCCCAGUAACACCCAUUCGGGCACAAAAAUUAUUUACUGCCUGUGGAGGAAAUCCACGCCUUCUUAAAGCAGAAAGAGUAAAUAGUCUAGGAUCAUCCCAAUCAUUUACUAUAUUUUCUUCUAUUAGUUUAGCAAUUUUCCUCUUCGAAACAACAGUAUAGUUCAUGUUGAGACGCCCAUAUUCCCACUGAACUGGACAAUAGAUGUCAAGAGUGUUACAGAGCCAGUAAUAGGCUGAACGCCUUGAUUGAAAUUCUUUGGUGCAUAAAGAAUGAGUAAUGUGUUCAAGAGAAUCACAAAGACAAUGAGUGUAAUCAUAAGUUGGAUAUAUACACCAUUUAUUUCCAGUUCUUACAUGAUGCUGAUACUUGAUUCUGUAAGCAACAGGAUCUUGUUUACCUUCUUCAAGAGUGAUUUUCAUCCUUAACGUACAUUCUCCUUCUUCCAUUUUGCCAUUCUUCAUAUCUUCAAACAAUAGUAAACUUUCCUCAAUGGGCCUAUCCCUCCAAGGAGAAGGAGGAGGAUUAAAACCUUUUAUUUCUUCUUGCUUUUGAUGACAAACAUAUGCAUGACCUAGUUUAAUUAAUUCUAAAGCCCAUUCAUAAAGUUUAUCAAAAUAAUCUGAUGAAUAUGUUAUUUUGAAAGGUUUAUAACCAAGCCAAUCAACCAUAUCCUUGAUUCCUUUAAAGAAUUUUUCUUCUUCCUUUUCUGGGUUUGUAUCAUCAAAGCGCAAAAAACAAAUACCCCCGUGGUAAGCAGCAUAGCCAAAAUUAAUGUUUAUUGCUUUAGCAUGGCCUAUAUGGAGAAUACCAUUAGGUUCUGGAGGAAAUCUUGUUCUAACUUUACCACCAGUAAUUUUUAAGUGUUCAGCUAUAAUUUUUUCUGUGUUAGGCGUAACGACAUAACCAUCUGUUGUAAAGUUUUCACCUGGCUUAUGAAGUUGAAGUUUACUAAUCAUAUCAUUAAUAGUGAUCGCCUCAGUCUUUGGUGGUGGUGGGCUAUCUUGGGUUUUCGUCUUCUUCGGUUCAUUUUUUUCUUUUCCCUUCUUUUUAGUUUUACUGUCUGGAGGAACUAAAUCUGCCUCAGUUUUGGGACCAAGCAAGUCAAGCAAUUGAACAUCUAUUUCAUUUUUAACAUCUCUGAAAUCAGCCCAUUUCAAUGUAUUUCUUACCUCCUGCAACAAAAUGCCAGAAUUGAAUCGAUACCUCUUCUCCAAAAUUUCAUUUUUGCUUUUAUUAAUAGCAUUUUCCACAGCAAGCUCAAUAUCUUCAGGUGUCACAUUAAUCCCAAUGCCACACUCUGCUUCAAAUUUUUUAAUAUCUAAUUCUUUGUGAGCAUUGGAAAGAAAAAAAUCUAAAGCCGCAUCAGCUCUUACAAUGGAAUCAAUUUUAUUUUCAACAAUGUAUUGAACAAUUAGUGGUAAAUGAUUGGAUAUUUGUGGCUUUAGUUUGGAAACAGUAUGGUAUAAUAGUGAACAUUUUUCGGAAGGCACACCUCCGAAUUUUUUGGCCUCUUGGAUAGCAGCUAGAAGAUUAAUUGUCAAAGAUUCAUUUUUGAUGGUUUCCUUAGCCUUUUGCUCACUAAGACCUAAAGAAGUCAACUUCGUUAGCGAAUCCUGCAUGGCGCGAUGUAUAAAGCAGAGAGAUUUCUUAUCUAAACUGAUAACAACUAUUCACAACUCUUUAUUCCCUCUUACGUUUAUCUAGAGAAACUUAUACUACUGGAUAUUUACACGUGUCUUAUAACCUAUGACUUAUAACAGUAAGGUAGGUAGGAUAUAACCGCAUACUUUCACUAUAAAUAAAAUGUAGU